GUCUUUCUCUGCUCUGUGUGUGAGUAUUGUUAGACAGAUUUUCCUGCCGCUUGUUGUGAGUGUCUGAAAGCGGGAGAACUCUCUUACGCUGCUUAUUCAAGAGGAAGUCGACAGCUCUUUCAUUCCAGACUCUUGUAAUGCAGAAUCAAACUGAGCAGUCAUUGAGCUGUGAAGACUGAAAACUGAUUUAUUCAUUAGCUAUAUAAUCCGGGCUGUGUAACAUAUUGAUGUACUCAGCUCUGGACUAAACUUCAGAAGAACUUGUGAUGGUCUAGAAGAGCUCCUUCCUUUCUUUGACGAAGGACCCUGAUAUUUGCAGGUCACUGUGGAAUAACUAAUCAGAGAGGACUGAUCCAAUGAGGGACUGAGGAGGAACUGAAUACUGCUUUAAAUGUAUGCACACUGUACGUAUACAUCAGGUGUGUCGUGGUGAUGUCAUUCAGACAGAACAAUAGUGAGCAAGAAAAGCCAAACUCAGCAGGAAGUUCUGUGUGACUGUUGUGAAUGGGAUGAAGAGGAGGGAACACAGGAUGUGUAGUAAGAUCCGGUUGGAAAAUUGCACAAAGUCAGAAUGAACGUGAAAAGGAAGGAGAUGGACUUUUUGAGCAACACUAUUGCUGCUUAUGCUCACAUUAAAGAAAAUCCAGAGAGUUUCGGCCUUUACUUCGUCAUUGGCGUAUGUUUCGGUCUAGUACUCACUCUCUGCCUCCUGGUCAUCAGGAUCUCCUGCAAACCUCGUACCACUACCGCUCCUUCCACACCUGAGAAAAAACAGCUGAAAGACUUUAGUGAGGAAGAAGAUGAGGACGAGGAGAGCGAUGAGGACGAGGAUGCAGGAGAUCUGGAGCCUCCUGUCCUCCAUAGCACCACGGAGAUCUCCAUGGGUAACCACCAAUCUACGCCGGAUGGGACUCUGAGCAGGAACGUAUUCACUUCGGCCGAAGAGCUGGAGCGAGCACAGCGAUUGGAGGAGAGGGAGAGGAUCAUCAGGGAGAUCUGGAGGAAUGGACAGCCAGACAUUCUGGGAACGGGGACGGGCACGAUUGGAAGAGUGCAUUACUACUAACACACCCAGUUCACAAACUCAAGCCAUUCCUCUGCCUCAGCGCACUAUUUUUUAUAAAUGGAGGCACCAUUGCUUUUAUUUUUACAGUGACUUGUUGUAACCCUGCAGGCGAUAGGUAACGCCUCAGACGUGUUGAUACGGCUUUGUCAUAUUGAACUGAGUAUGCUGUUGUUAAUCCUCAACUAAUGGUGCUACGGUCAAUUCUUAUAAAGCAUAGGUUCAUAGCACAGACCAUUACAGGGUCCAGGUUUGGGAAUAAAGCAGUGUUUGUAAAUAUGUGUGAUAAGGCUCACAAAAAGCAAAUUACUUUGCACGUGCCAUUUUUUUGUAUAAAGAUGUUUUCUGCUUAUUUUUUUUUUUAAACAAAUGCAUUCCUCUGGAUUUUCUGACAUAAGUAAUGCCAUGUAGGAAAAGCCAAUAUAUUCUAAAAGCAUUUAUACUUGGGUUUUAAAUUUAUACAGAGCUGUAUUCGCAGACAGGGUUUAGAUUAAUCCAAAUAUAAAUUUAAAUAGUCUUUACAACUAUACCUUACAAAAAACAAUACUGGUGUGCAUCCUAAGACCAAACAAUAACACUGAUGUAUGUUAAGAUAUGUCAUUGCAAGAUGUUUUUAAACAUGCAUAUUAGUCUGGGACCAGGAUAAGCCCUCUCCGGAAUAAUGGUUUUAAUGGAUAUGUGCACUAUAAAGCGACCAAAUUCAGUUUUGACUAAAAUGCAUGUUUGAGCUGCCUUAAUUAAAAAAUAACAGCUUGUACGGACAUAUCUUAACAUAUAUCAGUGCCAUUUUUUUGUCUCAAGAUGCACACCAGUGUUGGGUUUUUUUAAGGUCUGCACUGCAAAAAAUUAUUUUCAAGAAAAAUGUUCUUUUUUGUCUUGUUUUCAGAAAAAAUAUCUAAAAAUUCUUAAAUUAAGAUGCUUUUUCUUGAUGAGCAAAAUGACCCAAGAAAAUAAGUCUUUUAGACCAAAAAUAUCAAAUUUAAGUGAUUUUGUGCAUAAAACAAGCAAAAAAAAUCGGCCAAUAGGUUAAGCAAAAAAAAUCUGGAACAUUUUUCUUAAACACUAAAUUCAAGAAAAAUUCAAGAAAAAUUAGCUUACCCCAUUGGCAGAUUUUUUUGCUUGUUUUAUGCACAAAAUCACUUUUGAUAUUUUUGGUCUUUUUUUAGGUCGUUUUGCUCAUCAAGAAAAAGCAUCUUGAUUUAAAAUUUUUUUUAGAUAUUUUUACUGAAAACAAGACAAAAAUACUUAGAGAGUUUUUUUCUUGAAAAUAAUUUUUUUGCAGUGUGUUCCAGGAUUAAUCUACACUGCAAAAUUUCUUAGUAUUUUUGUGUUGUUUUCAGUAAAAAUAUAAAAAAAUUCUUAAAUAAAGAUGCUUUUUCUUGAUGAGCAAAACGACCCAGGAAAAUAAGUCUUGUUUUUAGACCAAAAAUAUCAAAUUUAAGUGGUUUUGUGCAUAAAACAAGCAAAAAAAUCUGCCAAUGGGGUAAAUUUUUUUUCUUGAAUUUAGUGUUUAAGAAAAAUGUUUACGAUUUUUUUGCUUGGCAAAUUGUUUUGCUUGUUUUAUGCACAAAAUCACUUAAAUUUGAAUAUUUUGGUCUAAAAAUAAACUUAUUUCUUGGGUUGUUUUGCUCAUCAAGAAAAAGCUUCUUAAUUUAAGAAUUUUUAGAUAUUUUUUACUAAAAACAAGACAAAAAUACUAAGAUUUUUUUUCUUGAAAAUAAUUUUUUGCAGUGUAAACUCUGUCCGAAAAACCACCCCUAUAUGUCUUUUACAUGUAUUUGCAACCGUGUUUAUUUGUAGUCAUCUCAGACUUCAGGUUUUGGUCCAUCUUGAAAACAUUUGUCUCUUGUUACUAUGGUAGUUGGGUGCUUUAUUUGAUUUCCUUCACAGAUGCUUGGAUGAGUAAAAUAUAAAGACAUCUUGGCACGA